UUGCUUUCAAUAAUUGAGUUCAGUGGGAUCCGGUUGUCCAAGACAAAUGAAUGAAAUCUUCCGUGUGGAAUUGUUAUUGACUUGGACGAAAAGUGGAAGACCACAUGGUGUUCAGAAAUAUAAAAUAAAAGAAGCUGCAGGUGAGUCCAGAAUAUCAAUGUAGUCAAAGAAUUCCUCCCAAUUUGAACGCGUUGCUGGUAUCGAUAAGUUCACUCAUAACUACUCCGUGUCCUGGGAGCGGUGGAGGACGAGUGAGAAUGCAUCCUAAAGUGUACGAGGCUGCAAAGUCAGGAGACUUUGAGAACCUGAUGACAAUAAUUUCAGGAAAUGGAGAGGAUCUUUUCCACCAAACAACGCCAAAGCACAACAACAUUCUCCACGUUGCGGCUCAGUAUGAGCAGGUAAAUUUCAUCGAAGAUCUCCUUCAUUGUCCAUCAGGGCCCCCACUUCUUUGGGAGGGUAACUACAAAGGAGACACUCCCCUGCACGUUGCUGCUAAAGUGGGAAGCUGUGGAGCGGUUCGCGUGUUCACUAAUCUGGCGAAGUCAAUGCAAUGGGUUGUUCAAAAAGGACAAGUCGACUUGUGCAAAGAGCUACUUCGAAAGCCGAAUUUGCAUAAGGAUACUGUGCUGCACUAUGCAGUAAGAGGAGGCCAUGAUGGGGUGGUGAAGUUGCUGAUUGAAGAAGAUCCUCAAUUGUGUGAUAUUACUAAUGCUGCUGAUGAGUCCCCGCUUUAUCUUGCAGCAAAUCGGGGACUUUCUCAUACUAUUGAGCUAAUUUUAGGUGCUUUCUCGUUGUCAUCCUCUCAUAAGGGCCCUAAGGGAUUAACAGCUCUUCAUGCGACAAUUUUUCGUCCCCCAACCAGUUGGUGGAAAAUCCUGGAGAAGAGACCGGAAGUGAUCAGAGAAGGAGAUGAUUUGGGGUGGACUCCUCUUCAUUAUGUCGCUUGCUUUGGCGAAGUCGAAGCAGUUCGAUUGCUCCUGCAACACGAUACUUCCGUGGCAUACGACUUAGACAAAGGGGGGGAAUCUGCUCUCCAUAUUGCAGCGUUUCGAGGCCACGUCAAUGUCAUUGACGAGCUUAUUAGAUCCUGUCCUGAUGCUUGUGACAUAAUAAGCACCAAGGGGCAAACGGCUCUUCAUGCUGCCGUUGUGGGUGGACGAGUAAACGUAGUCAAGUACAUAUUAGGGAUGCCAAACCUGAAGGAUCUUAUCAACGAACAAGACAUCAAUGGAAACACGGCUCUACAUUUGGCUGCGUUCCAUAAAAAAUACAACAUCAUACACAUGCUUGCACGGGACAAGAGGGUAGACAGUUUGGCCACAAAUAAGGAUCAUAUGACCGCCCUUGACAUUUUUGCUGCUCACGAUGAGGUCGGCUACAGAGCUGGAAAAGUUCUUCAGGUGUUGAAAGGAUCUCAUGGAAUCCAGUGUUUUCAAGACUGGGUUACUGAAUAUGUUAAGAAGAGGUUAGACAAGCAAUUUGUUGAGGGUCAACCAGCUGUGACUAUAACCACAGGAAUGAAUAUCGCCAGCCGAGAAAAUUUCGAUUCAUCAAAAAGAAGCCUUAUCGACCUUCAACUACUAGUGGCCGUGCUCAUAGCCACAGUGACCUUUGCCGCAGCCUUCACAAUGCCCGGGGGUUAUUCCAACGACGGACCGGACCAAGGAAUGCCAGUUCUUGCUAGCAGGCCAGCUUUCAAAGCCUUUGUGAUAUUUAACACUACUGCGUUCUGUUUCUCCAUCCUGGCAUUAUUUUUACUAUAUGAUCCUUCUUUCUGGGGCGCUCGCCAACAGGCGAGAUACACCGCCGCUGCAGGAUGUUAUAUUUACGUAGCGAUAUGCGGGUUGGUGCUAGCCUUUGCUUGUGGUACGUAUGUUGUAUUGACCAGAACCACCGGGCUCGGAAUCGUUCUUUUUGUAGUGUUUGGAUGUCUCCUGACUUUGCACCGCGUCGGUGUUUUCCUUGACCCCGAGGUUGGAUUCUGGUUGCCACGGAGCUCUCCCAGAAGAUACGUCCGAAACUUACUAUUUGAUUAUGGGAUAAUCUAGGAAAGCUGCUAACAAGUUGAGACUAUUCGAGUAUGUGAAGGAUGUACAACUCGAUUGCAUCACAGUUAACCAAAUGAAAGUCGAGAGGGUUAGCAGUUGCUGAGCAAUUGCGUUUGAACUGCCAAGUUGGUAUUUGUUUGGUGAUAAUCGUUAGGUUGCAAGGAAAGUGUUGGAUUUUUAGGUACUCUUAUAUAAACAAAGCUCUUCGUAGCAUGGAUGAGUUUAGUUUGUUUUAA